GGUAUGUACUUUAUGUAAACGAAACCGCAGUGUGAUGUAAUUUUACGCGCGGAGUUCAAUCACAAACUUCCCGCCACGAACAGCCAACAGCUGACUUUGCACGAUCGAUGCUAUGAGAAGCACGGGAAAUGUCAUGUGCAGUCCCAUAUGCUGAAAACCGUGUUGGAUACAGAAGACUUUGCCGACCUGCCCAUCUAUCUUCGAAAGGAAUUCUGAAUUAAUGGAAUUCUUUACCAUUACUGAUCCAUCAGACUGGCCAUCAAGCAUGCCGGAGUUAAAGACCAUAGAUACUCUACUGAGAUGUGGUAUCUGCUACGAGUUCUUUGACAUAGCUAUGAUCCUUCCAAAGUGCUCUCAUAACUAUUGCUCCAUAUGCAUCCGUCGCUACAUGAACUACAAGAGCCAGUGUCCGACUUGCAACACACCUGCAGAAGCAUCACAGCUGUGUGCCAACAGAAGCCUAGAUCAACUUGUCGCAAAUUUCAAAGUUGCCAGACCUCUGAUUCUAAAACUCUGCAAAGAGGAGGCUAAGAAGACUGGCAAGAACAUCUUACUUAGUCCUCAAAGUGAAUCAGCUGGAGGAAAGAAAAAACCCACUCCGGGGACCUUACUGAGUCCUCCCAGAGAGCAGAAUGGUGGAAAGAAAACUAAGAAGAGCAGUCCUUUCUUCAAGGAAUCCAGUAAUGAUAGUGAUAGCGACUUCACUGCAGUAGAAUCCAAGGAAAUGUCUAGUGUUGAAACGCCAAGAAGGAGUAAACAGAGACGAUCAAACUACCAGAACACCAGAGACAAAAUAUCCUGCCAUGCAUCUGACCUUGGAUCUUCAUCAGCUGGAUCUCCAACAAAAACCGCUUCCUCAAGUGAAGCAGAUCUGUUAAUGGAGCCGGGUGGAUCAACAGAAACCUCUUCCUCCACUCUCAAUAAAUCCAAUGAAGAGAAUAUUGAUCCCACAUACCAGGUACCAAAUGAAGGGGAUCUCAGCGAUGAAGAUGUAUUUGCUGUAGUGACACCUUCCAAGCCCUCCACUAGCCGAGGACUGACAAGUGUAGGAUCAGCAGCAGAGAAGAAUGAAACACCAAUCACCCGAAGUGAAAAAGUUGAAUGUCCUGUAUGUGGAGUGCCUAUUUCCUCCAAGCACAUCAACGUUCACCUUGACUCGUGUCUUACUAAGAGUGAAGAAAAAGAAGCCAAAAGAAGAAUGCCAAAAAGGAAACCUUUGCCUAAAAUUGUCUCCAGCUUGCUGUCAGAUAAAGAGAUGAGGAAGAAACUAAGAGAAUAUGGACUAAGCUCUCAGGGGAACAGACAGAUUCUCAACAAGCGAUUGCUUGAGUACACCCUGAUGUAUAAUGCACAUUGUGAUGCUGCAAAUCCUUUGUCAGUAGAAACCAUUGUCAAAGAAUUCAACAAGAUUGAUAAACUCAAGGGACAGCCUAAUCCCAAUCAUGCUGAACAGAGACUAAAAGUAAAGAGAUCUCUUCCUGAAGAUGAGAUAGCAAAAGCACAAAAACAAUAUUUGAAAUCUCAUGGUGCGCAGUUUAAUGAUCUCAUAAAGAACAUCAGAGACCGUACUCAGAAGUCAGGAAAAGUGGAAGCUGAAGAAGGGCCCAAACUUCCAUCUGUAACCAAGAUACCUCCAGCGACAAAGGCUGACGCCAUGCCAGGGACAUCUUCAACCGACAGUGGAGAUGAAGUUGUUGAAAAGAACAGUGAUGGUGCUGCCAGAAGUCCUCCAAACCCAGAGGAACUCUUAAGUACUGGUAGAAUAGAUGUAAAAUCAACAGGACCAAGUGAUCAACUCAGCAGCUUAAACAACUCUGAUGUUCCACCUAUGGACUCACAUGCAUCAACAGAAAACAUUGAUGUCACUGAGCGACAAGAUGGGGCCAAACUAAGCCGUCUAAAAUCAAAGAAGAGCAAAUAUUUCACAGAGUCCACCAAAGACAUCGAUGGCACAGACAGUCGGAUAUCAUCUCCAGAGGUGGAACGUCUAGUUGAGGGGAGAGAGGAGAGUGCAAUAAAGAGGUGCACUGUGGACGGGACAAAAAUGGCAGGGAACUCUGAAGAACAGAUGGAUGUGACAGAGGAUGAGAUCAGCCCUGUCUUUGGUCACUGUUCCAUUGGUAGCAGCAGUGGCAAAGCUCAGUCUAGUUCAUCUGUAAAGACAUCAGAUAAAGAUAGUAUUGAGAUGUUAGAAAAGCAGCAGGAAGAUGUUCUACCAAGUUCAGUACCACCUCCUCCCAACACCUUACUCCUGAAUGAUAUUGAUACUAUCUCAGAAGGAAGCAGCUUAGUCACUUUAGAGUCUUUCAGUGAAUAUGGUAGUCAUGGUGAUGUGCCUUCGCCUGGGGACUUUAACUGUAUACCCGAGAGCCCUGAUCUAGUUCAAGAAAAGAAAAACAAGCGAACAAUUCGGAGGAAGCGUAAACCAGAAGUCAAUCCUGAUGAUGUUUUAGAGACAGGGAAGGAAACAAGACUAACGAGGUCACGAAAGAGGGGGAAAACAUCGGCUUACUGAUAAUCUAGUAUCUAUGAUUAUGUUCGAUGAAUGAUUUACUGAUUUGUAUUUGAUAAAAGCAAAACACACAUCGAAUAGUAAAUAUUUGUAAGUAGAUAAGUAGAACAACAAUGGUCACCUGACAAUGACAUUUGUUCCUUUAAAAAUGGCUCCUACUGAAAAUCCACGCAUUAUUAAGCCAAACAUAAACUUCAAAUGUGACAUUAUCCUGAAUCCUCAAAUGAUUCUUAACCAAAACCACCGUCACAACCCUAUCCUUCACACUACAUCUUCAAAUAAAUUAGCGGAGGAGAAAAUGCCCUUGUUACCGAAAGAAGAACAGUGAACCGCAAACACCUUCAUCAUUAAAAUACCACCAUUCGACUAUGUUCCAAUGGAAUAGAUAUGGACAGUGUUAUGGAUAAGGAAUUUCUGGAAAGUCAGGGAAUCUCACAUCUUUUCCAAAAGUAAAGUAUUCCUGCAAGCUAUAGAAUAUUAUUCAUUCAGUAUAGUUUUUCUUACAGUGAACAAAUUUAUGUUUUGGUUACAUGCAAGUGAAUUGCACUAAGCUUAAUUUCAUAAUGUAAAUCAUUGUCUAAUGUGAUUGCCAAGUCAGGAAAAUUUAGUAUUCUGUUGUGGAAAAUCAGGAAAUUUCAAAACAGUAAGUCACUAAACCUUGUAAUGAGAUAUGAUGCCAUGAAAAAAAAAAUACAUGUGUGGAUUGGAUCGGUUUGAGCAUGACAUUUCUUUAAUCUCUCAUCCUCUGCUACCAUUUUGUUAUCUUGAUAGUCUUAAUAGAUAAAUAUCAUGUCGGGCUGUUAUAACUUGACUUCAUAUCUCAAAAUCCAACAAUUUUGCAGAGAGCUCUGAAAAUGCUGUAUUAUAGAGUUAAGACAUAAAUGGCAACCUUUCUUUUGCCUAGAAAGUGUUCUCUACAAAAAUCAGGAGACUAUUUUCAGACAAUGCGGGAUGCCACCAUUGCCGUAAUUUACAGCUUUUUCUGAGAUAUCCUCAAAUUUCGAACUUUGAGAUACAAGGUUUUAACAACCCACAGAAAAUACAUCAUUCUGAAGGAAGGCAUUGUACCAUUUUAGGAUUUAAGGUUAAAAAUUUUGUCUGGAGGAAAUUUCUGUCAGUAUUAUUUGCUGUAAUGAUGAUUAAUCUUUAUCAUGCAUGGUGUGAAAUUGGACUUGUUAUAAAAUUCAUUUGUAUAUCUAUAAAUUUCUUCAAAUCUACACUAAAUGUAUAACAUAUCAUGUGUCUUUUCUAAUAUCAUUAUGUAUGACAAUCCUUGGUAAAAUAUUUUAUUCUGCCUCCAUCCAAAGAGUGCCCAAGGCAUUAUGUGUGUUGAGUUUGCAAUUUUUUUAUAUUUGACUGUACCUCAUGGCAUCAUGCCUCAUUUUCAUUUGUUUCGGCACAUUAUCAUUUGAAGAGGUAUUGUAUUUACAUCAUUUUGUGAUUGAUUCUUUGCUGAACCAAGUCCUUCAUAUUUUUGAAGUAAAGUUCAUUAUAUAGAGGGAUUUCCAUGGACAAGAGCUCAAUAAUAUGUCAUAUAUCUCUUACAACACAGAAGUGGUUUGCAGCUAACAGAAUACAGGGUAAUAACCUUCAAAAUUUGAAGGUUCUACCUUUAAGUUCUUUAAAGUCCACCCUGAAAUAUAGUUGGAGAUUGAGUCCACAUAUAUGCAGGCUUGGAUGUACAUAAUUGUGUGUUACAUCAUACUCGCCUUAAUUUGGUUUUAAUUCUGAAAUAUUUCAAACAGGGGCCAAAACUUCAUGGGGGUGUGGAUCACAAUGAAUAUCAUAUUAAAUUUUAAACAAUUGUGUACUUUCAUGCGUUUUUCAUGUGUAUGAAAAAGGUCGACUGAAAAGUGAAAAAAAUUGUCAUAUUGCAUUGAGGUCAUGGGUAAUAGUCGGGGGUAUUACAUUUUUAGAAUGUAUAUUACCAAUAUUUCAUGAAUUUCCUGAAAAUAUAAUUACUUAAUAUUUUGUGGUCUAAUUCAGUGAAUCACUCACUUAUAUUUUCCUGCACUGAUUGAAACUUUAAGCUUGUAUUUAUCAAUCUCUGUUAUCUAUUCUUUGACAUAUUGCAAUGUAACAGCAACUGUAUAUUACCAAUUUACUACACAUCUGAAGAGUCAAAUUUAUAAGUUAUAAUUUGGAGAAAAAAAACCAAACAGUUUUGUACAAAUUGAACGAGUGUUGUCAUCAAAAUCAAUAUAUGUACAUCUACAUAUACUAUUGUAAAUGUGUAUAUGAACAAAUGAAAGGUGCUAUAAUCAUGAACCAAUUAUCAACAAGUGUCUUGUUAUUGAUACACAGGUGCACAUUUUGAAAUUCACCUGCAUGUGAUUGACUGUAAAGUUCAGUGUUCAUUUGUACUGCUGUAAAUAAUUUGCAACAAUACAACUUAAUUUCUUUUAUUUUGACUAGUCUGCAUGAAAUAUAAUGUAUACCAUAAAAAUAAUGUUUCUUUCAAAAUUGUUUAGAAAUUUGCCCUUUUUCUCCCUCCAAUCAUCUGCAUCCAUCUUCUACCCUCUCUUUCCUAUUCUUUAACCAUCCUUCCAAAAUAACCAAGGGAAGGACUCACUUUCACUCUCUUCCUAUAAAAAUCUCAAAUCCAGUCAAGUAGACCAGAACUGUUUUGUCUUUAGCUCAUUUAUCUUCUGAUUGUUAAAUUAAAAACUCCACUUACUCACCCAAGCCAGACUGAUAACCUUUUCUUUCCUUUUCUGUCUCUUAACUUUCAUCAUUCCAUCAUGAUACUUCCAUCAGUCCAUUUGGGUAUUACAAGACAAUUGUAUUUCAAAUACAAUACUUUGAAUGCUGUAAGUACACUUGUCAGAACUAGAUCACAGCGUACAUACAUAUUUCUUUUGAUGAUAGUUUAAUCUCGCCUUAUCUGUUAUUUAUAUUUACAUUUAUACAAUGUUUUCACUGUACAAUCUUUCACUCUUUACAUUUAGCACAGAUGGAUGUAGAUAUUUUGCGAUAACCAACAAAAAGUAGAGUUGUCAGGUCUUAUGAAUGAAAAUGUAGAAUAGAUAACACUUGGUGGACACUUCUUAGUUAUUUCAUACCAAGUAUUAUAAAAAAAAAUCAGUAACACAUCAAUUUAAUAUAAACUGUACAAUGAUGACAUUGUUAUUAGUCUUCAGAAAUUGUUUUGAUACCAAAAGUACAUUUACAUUGUAAUUGUUAUUUUAAGUCAGGAAUAGCUUGUUCAUUUAAGAAAAUGUUAUAUUCAUAAAUAAAUACAUCACUUUAUAA